ACGCGAGAGCUUCCCUUUCCACAUUUUGUAGUUUGCGACUUAAAAUACGAAUUUGCUUAGAGGGCAGUGACGUCACUUUUCAUGGGAAUCUCUAUAAGACAUUGAACUGGCUUAUUAGCUAUUCCCUGAUUGAAUCCAGAAUUCAGUGUGUUUAUCGAGCGAGAAUUUGGUCCACCGGUUCGUUAUUGACAGCACCACACGUCGUUCACACUCGUCUAGGAAAUUCAUCGCAGUUUUAAAAGAAAUAACAUCAUAGAAUCAAAGUUUCGAUUCAACAAAUUGAGAUGUCAAAGAAAGAAGUUGAGGAUUAUGAUGCUGGGCCAUCCAGCAGGGACGAGAUUCACCCGGGUCUAUUCCUGGGUAACUUGACAGCAGCGACAGAUGUGGAAUGGUUGAAAGAGGCAAAGAUAACGCAUAUAUUGACGGUAGAUUCGUGUCCAUUGCCCAGGAAAAUUCAGUUGUUGCCGAACUUGACAUUAAAGUACAUUCAAAUAACGGAUAUGCCAAGAGAAGAUUUUCUCACAUACUUUGAAGAUUCUUACCAGUUCAUAGAUUAUGCUCUGGCAGGUGGAGGUCGAGUGUUGGUGCACUGUUAUUUCGGAGUGUCAAGAUCAUCGACUCUGGUGAUAGCGUACACAAUGAAAAAGUACGAAAUGACAUUUUCAGUGGCUCAUGAUUUGGUGAAAUCAAAGAGACGUUUUGUCUCGCCGAACGCUGGAUUCAUGGCCCAAUUAAAACUGUACGAGGACAUGGGAUGCAGUAUCGACAACACGAACGUACAGUUCAAAAUGUACAGACUCCAAAUAGCUGCUGACAUGGUGAGGAAAGCAAGAAUACUGCCUGGAAGUUGCGUCGAUCUGAUAAAAGCUGAUCCAGCUUUAACGACCGUUCGUCCCGAGCCGACCGUUUAUCGUUGCAAAAAGUGUCGCCGUAUUGUUGCCAGUGCUAGCAAUGUGCUGCCUCAUUCACCACGAGAGAGACAAAUUUGGCGACACGUCAGCACCAAAAGACGCGACAAAUCACCCAAACCUGCCAAAAUAACUCUACCGGAAACUACUAAACCGGAGGAACACAAAGCAGACACUUCGGCAACUCCUGAACUUUGCAACAAAACCUAUUUCAUCGAACCACUCGCUUGGAUGCCCGAUAUCGUUCACAACCUCGAAGGCAAACUCAAUUGUCCUAAAUGUGAUGCUAAGCUCGGCUCCUUCAGCUGGAUUUCUGGUUGUCAGUGCCCUUGCGGCACCAAAAUCGCUCCCGCCUUUUAUCUCGUUCCUUCCAAAGUCGACUGGAGCAAUGCAGUGCAAAAUGUUCUCGUUACCGUUUAAUCAACGUUACAAAAUUGUACAUAUUUAUAGCUAUGCACGAGGUAGAGAUUGACCUUUGAGCGUUUUUGUUUCGAGGAUCCUCUUCCGUGCCAUUUUAUCUACUCGAGAAAACUCGAUUUUUUCAUGCUCCGCACAUUUUUUCUCCUCAUGCAAUCUCAAGGUUUUUAUUGAUCUGCGUAAACGGUUGUUCAGUCGUUAAAUAAGAUUCUCCAGCACAUCUCAAGAGGUUGUGAUUUUUUGAUACAACUUUAAGUAAUAGUCUGAGUGUACGAAAAAAAUCGGAGUGUCUAGAGGAGAUAAAAGUUGUUACAAAAAUUUAAAGAGGAAAAUAAUGUUAUCGAAUUCCAUAGAAUUUUGUUGAAUCUUUCAGCCGAGUUGAAAGUGUUUUGUUGGACAAUAAUGAAAAGAAUUAUUCCUCGAAAUUAUCAAAGAUUCAACCAUUUUUUUUCCAAGCAAAUAAUUUUAAAAAUUGGUCAUUCAAAUCGAACGAGCUCAAGGUCAAUUUUCGAUUGAAUUUAUCGAAAAACUCGCGUGCACGCAUUGUUGAUUCGCCGGACAACAGAAAUUCCCGAAUUGUGGUAAAAACGGCGCUCUGUGUGACGACGACGAGUGCAAAGUAUCCGAAUCAUUCUAGUCUUACAUAAACCUCACUCAAAGCUCCGCCAAUUUAUUGUUUUCCACAAAUUUUCGGAGGAGAAAAAUAAAAACAAUGAUCGAGCACUCGUUCACCGCAGCGCUGUAAUUACCUCAAAAAACACCUGCGAUAAAAAAGAACGAAAAAUAAAAUAACAAACGCAAUGGACCAUUUAAUUAAGACUACAAAAGUGAGAAUAUAUUCUAAUCGCGUGCCAAACACGUUGCUGAUUUGUCGUCGGUGACAUUUUUAAUAUAACACAUAAUACAAAUAAAUAAAUACGAAUAGAAUAAUAAUAAUUAUUAUUAUUCAAAGUAAAACAGAAACGAAGAAAAAUAUAAACAUUUUGCUGAUAAGCGAGCUUCCACUUUUCCUUCCGGAUAUUCAUUAUGUCUCGUUACAAAUUUGCUUAAAAAUGAAUAUAUUUAUACACUCACACUUAUAUAAUAAUAUUAUAUUAUAUUAUAUUAAUAUAAUAAUUACUGUCAUUAAUAUUGUCAUUAUUGUAUAAUAUAAUAAGUCUAUGUAUACACACGUACGUACUAGUUAGUACGAUUUAGCACCCUGCAAGCUACACUCUAAAUUCCCACGCGAUCUUUGACUCGAACACGCACGGUUUGUGCUUUUUAGCCAUUUUUUAGUACCCGAGUACUUUGUUGUUCACUUAUACACGUUGUUCGUUAUCAAAUAUCUUGUGUUACAUUAUUUUUAUGCAUUCUCUUAAAUUCGAAGUUUACCCUGUAUUUUGAUCCUUUGUAAAAAAAGUACGCUAUUUUAAGGACGUACGGAAGGUGCUCGCGACCGUUUGCUUUUAAAAUAUGGUUUCAUCGAAUCGCUGCAUAAUUCGAUUCCGUCAAUUUGGAAAGGUUUACCGAUACUUGAGUUCCGAUAAUGCUUAGAUCGCUGGCUCGUAAAUAGUUGACAGUGCAACCUCAAGUUUGGGGCCGGAUUUCGAGUUGGAAAGAAGAUUUUUCUUCAAAUUUGGAGGACACGCGUUCUAUUAUCGUCUGUCCCGGUCAAACGGUUGGAAAUAGAGCAAAAUUCCAGAGGACCAAUUUUGUAGGGAAUUAAAUUCCCUAUAAAAAAGUUUACGACGAUAAUUUUCGUUCUCCGAUAGAUUAAUUUCGAGAACGAAUUGAAACAAUGAGUCGAAAGUUGGCUCUACGGAGGACUCGAUAAAAUAAAAUUCUCGUGCUUUCGCUCUCGAGACUGAAGUACCACAAAAAGGAAAAACUAGCUAAAGUUCUCUGCAGAAAAUUUUAUUCACUCCGAGGUUGGUUCUACGGAAUUUCACUUCACUACCAACCACUUUUUGCGGCAAUAAACGAACUCAUAUUCUUCAACUCGGAUAAUCUAAUGAAGAAAAAAGCCGGGUAAAAGUUACGAAACUUUUUGACUCGGAAUUCAGUCUCUAACUCUCGUUCACGGUUUGCUUGCGCUGCGAUGCUCUGGAAAAAUACGAAUUUUAUGGAAGCAUCGAUUGUUUUUUGUCUGUUGAAUGAACAACGACAGAAAUGGAGUUUACAAAUGUUCUUUGUUCGCGAAUAACUGUUAUUAUUGUUUAUAGAAAUCGUUAUUACCAGUCGGCAAUAUUUGUUGUCUCAAUACAAAUGAAAUAUAUAAAAAUGACUGAAA